AAUACUACAUUCCAACGAUCCGAGAAACAUGGCUGGAUCAAGUCACGGCAACAGCCGUCUACUACUACUACUGUUAGCGUUUCUGCUGCUCCUAUGUAGCUCAUUUUUCAGCUCUUCACUUGCUGAAAUCAUUUUCGAGGAGAGAUUUGAGGAUGGGUGGCAGAGCAGGUGGGUCAAGUCUGAUUGGAAAAAGAGUGAAGGGAAAGCAGGUUCUUUUAAGCACACUGCUGGAAAGUGGCCUGGUGAUCCUGAUGAUAAAGGUAUCCAGACAUCUGCUGAUGCUAGACAUUUUGCAAUAUCUGCAAAGAUACCGGAAUUUAGUAACAAGAACAGGACACUGGUUUUACAAUAUUCUAUAAGGAUUGAGCAGGAUAUUGAAUGUGGAGGAGGUUACAUAAAGCUUCUUUCUGGAUUUGUCAAUCAGAAGAAAUUUGGUGGUGACACUCCUUACAGUGUAAUGUUUGGACCAGAUUUAUGUGGCACACAGACUAAGAAACUUCAUGUUAUAUACUCCUAUCAAGGGCAGAAUUACCCCAUCAAGAAGGACUUGCAAUGUGAAACAGACAAGUUUACCCACUUCUAUACAUUCAUUCUUAGGCCUGAUGCAACAUAUAGCGUUCUGAUUGAUGGUAGAGAAAGAGAUUCAGGGAGCUUGUAUACUGACUGGGAUAUCCUUCCUCCUCGGAAAAUCAAGGCUGUGAAUGCAAAAAAGCCUGCAGACUGGGAUGAUAGAGAAUAUAUUGAAGAUCCGAAUGAUGUGAAACCGAAGGGAUAUGACUCAAUUCCCCGAGAAAUUCCUGAUCCUAAUGCUGUAAAGCCUGAUCAUUGGGAUGAAGAGGAAGAUGGCAUAUGGAAACCGCCGAAGAUACCUAAUCCAGCAUAUAAGGGACCAUGGAAGCGUAAGAAGAUAAAGAAUCCUAACUACAAAGGGAAGUGGAAGAUUCCUUGGAUCGAUAAUCCAGAAUUUGAAGAUGAUCCUGACCUGUAUGUGUUGAAGCCCAUCAAAUAUGUGGGCAUUGAAGUCUGGCAGGUUAAAGCUGGGUCUGUUUAUGACAAUAUUUUGAUAUGUGAUGAUCCAGAAUAUGCAAAAGAAGUUGUGCAGGAAGUUUUGUCCAAUAGGGAGGUUGAGAAGGAGGCUUUUGAGGAAGCAGAAAAAAUUAGGAAAGCGAAGGAAGAAGAGGAAGCUCAAAGAGCAAGAGAGGAAGGUGAAAGGAGGAGACGAGAAAGGGGUCACGAUCGACGGAAAGAUCGAUACAGAGACAGAUAUAGAAGGCAUGAUCGCCAUGACUACAUGGAUGAUUAUCAUGACGAACUGUGAGAAAGUGACAUUUUGCUUUUCUGCUCUCGCGGACUACAAAUUGUCUCGUCUACUUUGGCCUUGUAUUUUGAUUUCCUGUUGUAACAGCUAGUGUAGGUGGAUUUUGGACAAGCAAUAGGCAUUAUUCAUGUGCAGAUUAUGAAGCUCAAGUUAGUUGAGGGUAACUGGCAAGCUUGAGCAAUUUUAUGUUUACUUCUAAAGAAACUCCAGCAGUAGAACUGGAGUACUAGCUAUCCUCUGUGCUCUUAUUGAAUGGAAUCAUUUGCUUUUUGUUCGGAUGAAAA